UGCUGAUCUACUCCGGCUAUUCCGGUUAUCGGCGUUCCCUACUUGUGUCGUGCUGUGUUAUCUUAGUCAGCUUCUACCCUGUGAUGAAACACGAUGCCAUAGAGAUGAGCCUGUACAUUCAGAGAUUAGCUUCCUGGCGUGGUGCAAGUUUAUUGCCAGCUUUGUAUUUGAUUUCGCUCCGUUCCACCCGAUCAAAAAUCUUGAGCACGAAGCUAUCGUCAUACACCACUAACAUUCCCCACUCGCUCACCCAUUCCUCGAACAUGACCUUCGUCUCAAAUGAUCCGAGUUACUGGCCUUAUAUCAGUGUGAACAUUUUUUUGAGCUAUUGGGAAGUUGCCGCAGUCGUUGUGGUGUUAUACGAUUGGGUCUUAACACUCGGACAAGAGAUUGAACUCAUCUGGAGACGACGCUGGUCCCUCAUGAGUGUGCUGUAUUUGAUUAUACGCUAUAUUGGAAUACCGUAUUCUGUUGUCCGUCUUCUGGAAAAUAUGCCAUCGGUAUCACUGACAGAUGCAGUAAGCAAUAUCAUGUACUACGCAUCAGGUGGGACAAAUGUGGCCUUGUGUGCCAUGUUGGGCGUAAUCAUGAUUGCUCGAUUGCAUUCCAUGUAUCAGGGAUCUAGAGUGAUGCUUAUCUUCCUUAUUAUUAUCUUCCUGGCUGUAAACAUCGCUUGCGCAAUAAUAGCAGCAAUAGCACUCAACUAUGAUGUACUGGAGGAGCACAUCCUUUCUGGCACAUAUGUGUGCGAUUUAUCUGAAGGGAACAACCAGCUUAUUUCGAUCAUUUGGAUGCUCAACACUGUUUGGGAGGUCCUAGCACUGUAUCUUUCAAUCUGGGUUGCUCUAAAACACUUCCGUGAGCUGCGACGACUCGGCCCAUCGACAGGAUCGACCGUCGGGGACUGUUUCAGAGUGCUGAUACAGUCGCACGUUCUUUAUUUUGCAAGUUUUACCGGUGUCUCUUGCCUCCAGCUCGCUCUUUUCUCUCCAGAAAUCUUGCAUUCUAAUUCUAAUUCCAUUGGAGUUUCGAUACUCCGAGGUGCUCUUCAAAUUUUAUUGGUCGUGCAGAUGUUUGUGCUGGGACCACGCCUCAUCCUGAGCGUUCGAGAAUACCACGCCAAACUUGUGGCAUACUCCGACGCAGAAACUAGCAUGAAUUCGAUUGUUUUCCAGGAGCGUGUACAUGUAUCCACUAGCAGUACUGUGUAGGGAAAUGCUUGCCGACCGGUCUACAGGAAGGUGGAGGGUCCGUCGUGGUAUUUAUUUAGCAUAUAGGGUUUUGAAGUAUAUUUACAAGGUCCAUGCAAUGUUGUAUCACAACUGGAAUGAAGUACCUGCGCUUGAACUAAGUAGCAAGGUGAAAU